CAUAAAGUUAGGUUUGAGUGCGUCACUGCUGCGCGGUGCAUUGUGGGUAUUCGUUUUGUAGGCACGUUUUCUAUCCAGCAUGGCAAGCAAGCACAAGAGGAAGUUGAAAGACUUGUCCGUAGAUGAGUUCCUGGUGUCUGGCUUUGACUCAGACGGAGACGACUCUGAUUCGGAUGGAGAAGAGCAUAUCCAACAGAAUGGCAAGAAGAAGAAAACUGACCCUCAGGAGACGAUCCCCAAGAAGAAGGGUAAGGCGACUGAGCACAAGGACCAGCUGGCUAGGCUUCAGGCAAAGGAUCCAGAAUUCUACAAGUUCCUGAAGGCCAAUGACCAGAAGCUGCUGAACUUUGACGACUCAGACAGCUCAGAGGAUGAGGAUGAGGAGAAGUAUCACACGCUACCCUCUGAACUAGAGGAGGCCAAAUCUGAUGAGGACGAAGAUGUACCUGCCAAGUCGAAGAAAGCUGAAUCCAUCCCAGUCACAGAGAAGAUGAUCGCUGAGUGGAAAGCAGCUCUAAGAGCUGAACCCUCCCAACGACUCUUCAGAGAAGUCACUCAGGCUUUCAAAGGCGCUGUAGCAACAACGAAAGGCGAGAGUGAUGACCAGUGCCGAUACGUUGUGUCCGAUAGUGCAGUGUUCAAUUCGCUGGUGCUGUUCUGCAUAAGAGAUAUCCCAGUGGCUCUGCAGAGGAUGCUUGACCUCAAGUCACUUGAGAAACAAGACCAGAAGAAACUGAUAUUGCCAUCAUCCAGUAAGAGGUGGCAGAAGAACAUGCUUGACAUCAAAAUGUACCUUAGUGGUCUCAUUCAGCUCUUGUCCAGUCUAACUCAAGCCACAGUCAUUGCCGCUGUUCUCCGUCAUAUUCACCAGAUGGUGCCCUACUACCUGUGUCUGGCAAAACAGUGCCGAAUAUUACUGAAGCACCUGGUGAAGCAGUGGAGCACAGGAGAGGAGACUGUGAGGGUUCUGGCCUUCCUGGCCCUCAGCAAAAUCUGCCGUCACAAGCAGGAUGUCUACCUCAGUGUUGUUCUAAAGCAAAUGUACAUCGCCUACGUGCAGAACUGCAAGUUCACCUCCCCCACCAUCCUGCCCCUGAUCAGCUUCAUGCAGCGCACCCUGUCCGAGAUGUACGCGCUGGACACGCAAGUGUCCUACCAGCACGGGUUCAUCUACAUCCGCCAGCUGGCCAUCCACCUCAGGAACGCCAUGACUAUGAAGAAGAAGGAGACGUACCAGUCAGUGUAUAACUGGCAAUACGUGCACUGCCUGCACCUGUGGUGUCGUGUGCUGAGCACCCUCUACCCCAGCGAGAUCCUGGAGCCCCUCAUCUACCCGCUGUGCCAGGUCAUCCUGGGCUGCAUCAAACUGGUGCCCAUCGCACGCUACUACCCGCUGCGACUGCACUGCGUGCGUGCCCUCACCCUCCUGUCCUCCAGCACCAGGACCUUUGUGCCCGUGCUGCCCUUCCUGCUGGAGAUCCUCCAGCAAGAAGACUUCAACAAGAAGCCAGGCCGCAUGAGCGCCAAGCCCAUAAACUUUGACGUGGUCUUGAAGCUGAGCAAGACCAACCUACAGGAGAAAGCCUUCAAGGACGGCCUGAUCGAGCAGAUCUACGACCUCAUGCUGGAGUACUUCCACACGCAGGCGUGCACCAUCGGCUUCCCUGAGCUGGCUCUCCCCACAGUCAUCCAGCUGAAGGCUUUCCUGAAGGAAUGCAAAGUGGCCAAUCACUGCAAGCCGAUCCGGCAGCUCCUGGAGAAGAUACAGGAGAACAGCGGCCACAUCACGAGCAGGAGGCAGCGAGCCGCGUUUGCCGUGGCCGACGGCACCGCCGUGACUGCCUGGGAGAAGCAGACGCGAGAGGAAGGCACCCCCCUCACCAAGUACUACAUCCAGUGGAAGAAGCUCCGCGAGAAGGAGGUCCAGAUGGAGAUCUCCGGCAAGGAGAGGAUGAUGGACCUGAACCUGCCUGAGAUCAAUCGCAAGCUGAUCAAGGAGAAGAAGAAGGACAAGAAGGAGUUCAAGGGCCUGUUCGAGUCGGACAGUGACGAUGACGGGACCGAGCCCGUGCUCAAAAUCAAAGAAAAAGCUGGGGAGGGUGAUUCAGAUGAGGACGAUGGCGAGCUGGAGGACCUGUCGGACCUUAGUGGUGAUGACGAUGAUGACGAUGAUUAUGGUGGAGAGGAAGACUCGGAUGAUGAUGACGAACCCUCAGGCUCGAAAGGGAAGGCACCCAAGAAACUGUCAAGCGUGGACCUGCAGGAGAUCGCCGAGGGAGACGAGGACGUGGUGGAGGACUUGGAGCUGUCUGACCAGGACUGAACAGCAGGACCGUAGCCCCAAAGGGACCAGAAUGUACUGGAUUGACCCUGAGGGGGCAGGGAGGGGGGGUGGCAGUGUCUCUCUUUCUCUCUCUCUCUCUCUGGAGGAUUCCUCCGAGUGUUCAGCUGUUGCACAGUGGAAACGCAGCCGGCUGAGAAGGCAAGGACUUUGUGUGUAACAAGACCAGAAAUUGUAUUAUACUGAUAUAACAUGCGAUAGCGAUGUUUUGUGUAUAAAUAUUCUGAGGUUCUUUUGUUAACUAUGUACAGUAUAUAAGAAUUUGGUUAUGUUAUCAUGAGAUCUACAUGUUCUCUUUUUUCCUGUUUGUCCCCCUACGCACGCGCGCGCGCGCACACACACACACACACACACACACACACACACACACACACACACACACACAAACACGGUUUGAUUUUUAUUUUUUAAGUAAAAAAAACAACUAACUUACCUGUAUGGCUGUGUGUAUUCUUCCCCCCAAAAACCAACAGUACAUUUAGGAAAUGGCCAGGAAAUGGAUGGGUAGAUAAGAUUUAGAGGUUCAAAGUGGAUAUUGGUGGCCUGUUUUCUUAAUCAGUGAAAGGAUUUCCAUGGCAAGUUGAAAGAAGAGGCCAAAAAGUAUAAACAUUAUUUCUGGAAAUGUCAAACAUGGAAAAACAUAUAUGCGAAUAUGCUAGGGGAUAUUACCAUUACAAUGUGUCUGCUGCCUUAUAAUGUAGUUAAAAAGAAUUUCUGUCCAAUUCUAAAUGGGUUGAUGCUAUCCCAAAUGUCUAAAAGAAUGCAUAAUGAAACGAUUUUGAGUAAUUUGUGUAUCUACUUUUAUUAGACAACAGAGAUUUUGCUUCCUAAAUACUUUGGGUGUAUUUAAUUGGCUGUUGAAUUGGUGGCUACAUAAAACUCUAAUUUGCCAUUUUUUGAAA